GUGACGAGGCAGCACAUCCACAGCAGAACAGUUAGAGCUGAGUUAUUCGCCGUCUUUUUAUCCAUUUUUAUAAGAAAGGAUUGACGUUAAGUUACAUUGUUUCUGUUGUAAAAUACGUUGAUGUAUGUUAAAUAAUUGCAUGCACUGACUUGGUUUAUUAGUAGCCUAUAUUUUUAUCGAUUGCUACCUAGUUUGUUCCUGAGCGGUUUGUUUUGUAAGAAAAUCUGUUUAUUGCCACAUUGUAUUUAUUCGACAAAGCGUUAGCAAAAUACAAAGUAACAAGUAGGCUUAUAUAUACGUUUUCACGCUAAACGAACGUGUGUUUUAACGGGAAGCGGCUCUAUUUGGAAUUGUUUGCGUUCAAUCUACCAACAUUUAGUUUGGAGGAACAUCAGCAAAGACCGCUGACAGCCAUUUACAAACUUUACUGGCGGAUUUGACGUGUUUGUAAGAUUAUCGCAUUUGUUUUCGACCUCGUAGAUUCAGGAUAAGUAAGAAUAGGCAGUAAAUAAUAAAGCACGCCCCCAGCAACAACCCCCCGUCGGGAGCGCGCGUCAGAGUCCGCGUCCUGAGUUACCGACGCACCAAACUUUGCCCGGCGAAUCUGGAGCUCCUGGCACCUCCGAAUUUCAGCUGAGUCUCAUUCGCUUGCUCUUGGUUCGUCACUCCCAUCACGCUUUUGCCGUGUUUUGUCGGCGCUUGGGACUGUCCCAUCCGACGUGUCGCUUCUUAUGGUCCGAAAGCCAGUUCAGGAUGCCAGAGUCGGCGGGGGGAUCCGCCGGCCAGACGGAGCCUGCAGGACGGGAAGACGGCAGAGGGGUUCAGGUGUGGCCGGACGGCUGCAGGUCUACGAGGGCUCGUUCUACAGGGACUGCCGGCAUGGGGAAGGCGUGUUCUCCUGGCCGGGGGGGUCCAAGUUCGUAGGGAAGUUCUACCUGAACCAGAGGGAAGGCUAUGGCAUCCAGGAAUUCCCAGACGGCACCGUAUUCCAGGGCCUGUAUCACAGCGGCCAGCGGUUCGGCCCGGGUGUGACCACCUACCCAGAUGGCCGGCAGGAUGUGGGGCUGUGGCACCGAGACAGGCUGCUCAGGCUUUGCCGGCACCUGCCAUGCGGAGUCACGCUGAGUGACUUUCCAGAGCAUGUGGCUCUGCUCGGAGGGGGGGUGGCUGCCCUGGACGGGGCAGUGCCCAGGCAGGGGGGCAGAGAGCUCCCCUGUGCAGACCCCGCCCUCCCAUCCGGCCAGAUGCUGGGGGACGCUCGCUUUGUCUUGCCCCCCGGGCUGCUGGGAUACUCUGUGGACUCGGACCACCUGCCCCUGGUGAGGUGCCUGCGUGCCGAGCUGGACCGCCUCUUCUUCGGGGGGCGGGGCGGGGAGCUGGAUGAUGACCUCAACCUGCCGCUCGAGUUGAGGAUUCAGGAGCACGUGCACAGACACAGGUUCGAAGCGGUGGCCCUAGACUGGGAUGUGGCCGCUGUCCUGGCAGGGACCCGGGAGCAAUUCAGCACCAAGGGGCCCCGGGAGGAGAGUGCGGAACGUUUCAUUCUGGGGGCGGCGCAGGGGGACUGGCAGAGCGUUUCUGGGGCCCUGCGGGCCGCGGUGCACCCCGACGUGGCUGACGCCCGCGGUCACACGGCCAUCCUCGCCGCCGCGGUGAAUUGCCACCGUGAUGUCGUCCAUGUGCUGCUGGACAGCGGCGCGGACGUGAACAAGCUGAGCGACGAGGGCGUGUCAGCCCUGGCAGCGUGCCUCCUGCUUUACUACCCCGCCCACACGCUGACUGAGACCCUAGCCGAGCGCCCCCCCAACAGGGGAUCCUCUCCGGCACUGAUGGAGGAUUUCCCAGACAGUGACGGUUCCUCCUUCACGUUUGAGGGAAAAGUCAUGGGGGCUGCCACUAUUAGUCAAUCAGAACCUGAGAAAUGUGUCCUAACCACUGGGGGCAGCAGCGAGAUCGAUCACACUGGCGAAAUGGACCAUACAAUGGACUUUGGAGGCACUGGUAGAUAUGAGAUCGAUCAUGUUGUCACUACCAAGGCUGGCUGCAUUGUCGACCAUGAUAAUGCAGUCGACCCUGGCAGCGAGAUCGACCGUAAUAAUGAGGUCAACUUUGACAGCAGCAUUGACCACGAUAAUGUAGUCAGCCCUGGUAGCAUGAUUGACAGUGAUAAUGAGGUUGACCCUGGCAGAGAUAUCAACAGUGACCAGGUCGACCAUGAUAUUUGGGCAGACUGCAGUGGCAAUAUUCACCUCCGUGAUGUCACUGAGGCCAGUGGUGAGGUCACCCUCCACGAGCAGGUGAACCUGAAGCACGGUCCCACACCGGCGGCCCCGUGCAGGUCCCAUGGGCAGCUGGGCCGCUCCAUCCGGGUGCUGGAUGGCUGCGUCUCCGUGGGGUCCGUACCCUGGACCCGUGCCACUGGGACAGAGGGGGAGAGCGAGACCGAUGACGACGCUUUCGAGUCCGUGUGGUCCCUGGCCAGCUUCCACGUCCACGUGACGGAGGAGGCCUUCCAGAAGGCCGCGGAGGAGCUGAGCCAUGCUGACCUGGGCAAUGCCGAGGAGACUGUGUGGAGGAUGGCCCACAUGAAGAUGGAACACAGGGAACUGUGGGCCACCAUCGAGCUGCUCCUGGCCAGGGGGGCUGACCCCAAUGCCUGCAGGGUCCCUGUGCCCGCCCUGUUCCUGGCCAUCAAAGCUGGCCACGUGCAGGGUGUGCGGCGCCUCCUGGAGGGCGGGGCCCGCACUGACAUCCCGUUGCCGCCUGAGCGCAAAGGCCUGUACCCCCUGCACGUGGCGGCCGGCCUGCCGGGCCCUGAGGGGCCCCAGAUCAUGGCGCUGCUGCUUGCCACUGCUGCUGACCCCGAUGUUAGGGCCCAGGAUGGCGAUGAGGUCUUCGAGCUGGACGGUGUGGCUGGGCGACCGGGCUCCUCCCCCGCUAUCGUUGCCCCUCAGAGUGCCGCCGGGUCGCACUCUGGAUCCAGAAGCACCACGGCCAGAUCCUCUGGACCCUGCAUCCUGCUCAGGGAACCCCCCGAGGAAGGGGGGAGGACAGCACUGCACAUAGCUUGCCAGAGGGACACAGAUCAUGCUCACGCGCGAGACGUGGUCCGCAUCCUGCUUGCGCACGGGGCCAACACUGACCACCUGUGGAGUGGCCACUCUCCCCUCUCAUUGGCCAUCGCCAGCGGCAAUGACCUGGCUGUGGACGAGUUGCUCUCCGGGGGCGCGGACCCCAACCUACCUCUGGCCCGACGCUUGGGCAGCGCCUUGUGUGCCGUCGCCAACAUCGUCUACGACUCAGGGCAGCCACGGCGGCAUAAAAGUGGGCUGCUGGAGAAGCUGGUCAGGGCCGGAGCGGACAUCUUGAUGCCCGUGGAGGUGAACAUGGGCAGGAGCAGCGCCAUGGGCACGGCUGUGGAUUACGCCCACUACUCCUGCCAGCAGGACAGACGUCUCACUUGCACGCCGUACCAUGCCCUGACCCCCUCCGAGCGCAAGCUGUACAACUCGCGUUGCCACCUGCUAGACCAGAUGGGUGACGUGAUGAGGCAGACCGCAGUGCGGAUGGAGCGCCGGCGGCUGGAGGAGGAGCAGAGGCAGGGUGUCUGCAGUGUCAGUCCAGUGCAGAAGUUUCUGUAUAUCGGAGCAGGGGCCAAACCUUCCCAAGUGUCCCAAGGAGAAGUCGUUCCAGCGGGGAGCCCUAUACUGAGGAGCAGAGCCCAGACAAAGACCUACAUCAGGAAGCCCUUAUUCAGCUAUUGCUAUCAGUGUGGCCGCUCCGUGGGCGUGACCCUGAAGGCCUGCACCCGCUGCCAGGAGGUCAGUUACUGCAGCGAGGCGUGCAAGGUGAAGUCCUGGAGCAACAGGCACCGGGAGGAGUGCAUCCGCCUCACGGGUUGGGUGAAAAACAGGAACAGCACACGGGACAAAUCGAGAACCGCCCCCGCUGUUCUGGGGAAGAAGUCACCAUCCGAUCCCCCGCGAUCGCUGCCGCUCACUGCUAACUACAGCUUCAUCUGAGACUCG